AGACUCACAAGCGCAGCCCACUCGCAGAACCUACAACGUUCCAAGAGCAACAAAAACAGGAAGCCACACCUAUCCCAGGAAGCCACACCAAUCCUCAGAAACAGAGACACAGUGCUAGCUCUAAUGGUUUGGAGGCUCGGUUAUGGUGAGAAGGGCGGGCUUCAGAGAGGAACUCCGCCUCUCUGAGUUCCCAGCUUUUCCCUUCUUUGACCAACAGUAAAUUCUUCUGUUGGCUGAGAAAAGAGGUAGCGAGAAAGUACAAGAAAACUUUCAAGUAAAGAAAACCAUAGGAGCGGCUUCGUUUUCGGUCAGUAAUGUUCUGGGUGUUAUUCCUUUGAUCAGCUUUUUGAAGACUUUGUGCUGUUUUCUGGGUGCUGAUAAUAAAAUUGAGCGGUCAAAUGAAUAGCAGAGGUGGCCAAUGGUUCUGUGGAAAUGUAAAACUGCUUAGAGAAGCUCUUCUGCAUUUUAGCUCUGAAACUUGGUUACACUGCUAGUUCUGUCAGAGACAGCAUCCUGUUUGUUUCAAAGUCGCUAUAGAUAUGGUGUUGCUUCAGGUUCAAUUGUGAUGUUCAGCUGUUUAGAGAAACUUUCUUCAGUUUAAAGUGCUUAUUCAGAUAGCUCUCAGAGACAAACAAUAUGCAACUGAGUUUCUGUCAGUCAAGCUGCUAGAUAUAUCUACAAUUGGUAUCCUGUUAUGUGAAAUGACUCACCUUAUCUGGACCUUGGAUUUCAGUUGGUCAAUCAAACUCUUUACAUGAAGCAAAUCUCUUUCGGCAGAAGAUAACGUGACAGAAACUAUAGUUAUUUUUUGGGGCAAAUCUCCUUUGGCAAUAUAAGUUUCAAGAUUAACAAACUGCUUAGCAUAAUUUUGUGAAGAUUCAGUUCUUUUGGGCAAAUCUCCUUUGGCAAAAGUUACUAAAGAUUCCUUCAGUUGGGUGACUUCAGAGUUGUUUGGUUGGACAUUCAUCAUUUUCAUCCGUCUUAACUGGAACUCCACCCUUGCUAUUGGAAUAUCUCCUGCAAUUACUUUUUGUUCCUUCUGAAGAUCUUCUAUCUCAUCUGUGGGGUAGAUCUAUCUGACAGUGGUAGCUUUUGUACUCCUCUGCAGUGGGAAAGUCUCUUUCAGAAGUUUCUUCUAGUGGGAACUUCUGUCCAUUCAUUGGGCAAAUCUCCUUUGGCAUUUCGGGUUGUAACUCGACUCCUGUUAUCACUAUAGGGCAAAUCUCCUUUGGCAUUUGGGGUUGUAACUCGACUCCUGUUAUCUCUAUAGGGCAAAUCUCCUUUGGCAGCAGAUCUCCAGUGUUAGCAAUUUACAUAUCCGGUUGGAGAUAUAGACAAACUAUCAGAUAUCAUCGUCAAUUAGUGUGUGUGUGUGUGUAUUAAUCUGUAAUUGGUAUCUUCCUUUGGAACAACUACAAACUACUCAUCCUCAAGGCAAUAAAUAUUAACAAAGCGAGCUCAAAUUAGGAGCGAGACUGUCAACUUCUCCAGUUUCUUUACAAGGGGAAAAAUAUUACGUGAAGAUCAACUGAGGAAUUUGAGCAGGCUUACCGGAAAACAUAAUUGUGAGUCCGUAUCUUUUUCAGCUGAGGCAUCUGAAUCAUGGAUGUGUUCCUAAAUGACUCUGAUUGGGAGAGUUACAGUGAAAGUGGCAGCAGUGAGGGUCAGGAGGAAACUGAAUACUUAUAUGGUGGGCAGGCUAGCAGCAUCUUGUCAAGCCUCGAGGAGAGCAUUGGGAAAAUUGAUGAGUUUCUCUCAUUUGAGAGGGGAUUUAUACAUGGGGAUUUGGUGGGCUCCGUAACAGAUCCAUCUGGACAGAUGGGCAGAGUGGUUGGCAUUGAUAUGUUGGUAGAUUUGGAGACCGUUUGGGGAAAAACAGUAAAAAAUGUAAAUUCCAAGAAACUUCUAAAGAUCCGCUCCAUUUCAGUUGGGGAUUAUGUGGUUGGUGGGCCUUGGCUUGGAAGGGUUGACAAAGUAGUUGACAAAGUCACUGUUAACUUUGAUGAUGGGGCAAACUGUGUAGUCACUGUCAUAGACCAAGAGAAAGUCUUGCCAAUUUCUCAUGAUGUACUGGAAGACUCACAGUAUCCAUAUUAUCCAGGGCAGAGAGUGCGAAUUAGGCCAUCAAAUGUUUCUACACCAACUAGUUGGUUACGUGGUACUUGGAGGCAAAAUCAAGAUGAAGGAACUGUUUGUGCUGUGGAAGCAGGUUUGGUGUAUGUGGAUUGGCUUGCAUCUGCUCCCUUGGGUAGUGAUUUGAGCUUGCCUACUCCACCAUGUUUGCAGGAUCCGAAAAACUUGACUUUGUUGUCUUGUUUUUCAUAUGCAAAUUGGCAGCUUGGUGACUGGUGCCUACUUCCAAGAGCUGACAGUGAGGGUGAAAAGGAGCACUCUACUGGUCAGCUGAUUAAAGAUCAUAAGAACUUAGCAAGUGUAUUUAAGGCUAGGAACUCAAAUUUAGAUGAGGUCUUUGUGAUUGUGAAGACAAAGAUUAAAGUCGAUGUUGUGUGGCAGGAUGGCAGCUACUCUUUUGGACUUGAUUCGCAAAAUUUACUCCUUAUGACUGUUGUAAACGAUUGUGAAUUCUUGCCUGAACAAUUUGUGUUGGAAAAUGGAACUUGUGAGGAUCCACACAUGUCUAGCAGCCACAGAUGGGGUGUUGUGCAGUCUGUGGAUGCAAAGGAACGAACUGUAAGGGUGCAGUGGAAAAAUUUUGCUGUGAGUGAAGCAAGUAAUUUGGAUGGAUGCAUGAUGGAGGAAACUUUGAGUGCUUAUGAAUUGGUUGAGCACCCUGAGUUUUCGUAUUGUUUUGGUGAUGUUGUGUUUAGGUUAGUCAAGAACCAGUUUGGGGAUUCAGAGGAUAAAGAUCAUGUAACCUCAGAAACUUGCAUGGGUGAGGAGGCCGCUUUGAAAUGCAACAAGGAUCAGAACCAAUACCUUGAUAAGUCUUACCUAUCGUGUAUUGGCAAUGUCACAGGCUUCAAAGGUGGUUCUGUUGAGGUGAGAUGGGCUACUGGUUUGCAAACCAAGGUUACACCUGAUGAGAUAUUUCGGGUGGAUAAAUAUGAAGGUCCAACUGCAAUUCCUGUGCUCUAUGAAGAAAAUGUUGAGGAAUCGAAUCAAGAGAUGAUUGAACAUGACAAAGAGUCUUAUAACCAUACAGGAAAGGAUUUAUUUGAUUCUGAUGGUGCUGGUGAAAAUUGCAAAAAGCAUUCAUGGGAGUUUGGUUUCUUUUUCCUUCCUCAUGCUGCCAUUCAAUUUUUCGUUAGCAUUGCAACAAACCUGUUUGGAUCUGUUGGCUCAACUUCAAUUUCAUGCCCAGUUGUAUCCGGCUUGAUUUCUGAAGAUGGAAAUGAAUCUAGGAUUUUCCACGAGAACGAAGUGAUGGAUAGUUGUGAGCUGUUGCAGACAUUUAGAAAGAAAAGUUUAGAUCAUGAAGUUAAAGAAACUCAAGGUGAUGAAGCCAUUCCAUUUUCAACAGCCAAUGAGAACUCUGAGCAGUUUAGGUGGUUUGAUAUGGUUGGUGAUUGCUCAGACCAUCACUUUCUUGGUGCGGAUAAAGGGUUGGCAUUGUCUCAGGUAAAAAGAGUUUGGUUAAAGAAGGUUCAGCAAGAAUGGAGCAUUCUAGAGAAAGAUCUUCCUGAAACAAUCUAUGUCCGUGUCUUUGAUGAAAGGAUGGAUCUACUGCGAGCAGCCAUUGUUGGCGCACCUGGAACUCCAUAUCAUGAUGGACUUUUCUUCUUUGACAUUUUCCUUCCCCUAGAUUAUCCUUACCAACCACCUGUGGUGCAUUACAAUUCCGGUGGUCUCCGUGUAAACCCUAACUUGUAUGAAUCUGGAAAGGUUUGUCUUAGUCUUCUCAAUACAUGGACUGGUACAGGCUCUGAAGUAUGGAAUCCAGGAAGCUCAACCAUUCUUCAGGUUCUUCUCUCGCUCCAGGCCCUCGUGCUUAAUGAUAAGCCUUAUUUCAAUGAAGCGGGGUAUGAAAAGCAGAUUGGAAGAGUUGAGGGAGAGAAAAACUCAGUAAGCUACAAUGAAAAUGCAUUCCUUGUCACGUGCAAGUCCAUGCUAUAUCUACUACGAAAUCCCCCCAAGCACUUCGAGGCACUAGUGGAGGAACACUUCAGGCGAUGUUCUCAGUCUAUUAUAAGUGCUUGUAAGGCAUAUAUGGAAGGAGCUCCGGUGGGUUAUGCUAUAGAAUGGGGAAAGACUGAGGGUGAAAAUUUAAAGGGAAGUUCUACCGGGUUCAAAAUCAUGCUUGCUAAGCUCUUGCCAAAGCUUGUGAAGGCAUUUUCUGACAAGGGUAUAGAUUGCAACCAGUUCAUUAAGCCCGAAAAAUGAAUUCUCUCUAAAAUCCAGGUACUGCUGAAUUACAAUACAAAGACUUCUAUCUUGUUUCUAUAUCUGUAUAAUACCAAAGACAUGCUUGGCCAAAGAUUGGCCAUGCUUAGCAUAUGUUGCUAUUGUGUGAGUUGUGAAAAUAUGUAUUGCUAAGGCUGUGGUGUAUCUCUUAAUAAUUAUGGCUCUCAGACUUUCAAAAUAUGAAAUAAAAGCCAUGUUUGGAUUGGUGUGUAUGAUUAUUAUGACUUUCCAUGA